UAUAGUUGGAAAAGCUAUUGUCUUGCAUCCUUACAAUGCUGAUAACGAAGGUAUAGUUUCAUUGUCAAUAAAAAAAAAAAAAGGGCAAAAGUAAUCAUCUGUAUUUUUUAUAGACGAGUUGAAUCUAUUAAGAGGCGAAUACGUCGUGAUUCUUGACCGAAACGUAGACGAUGGUUGGUGGAAAGGAAAGAACGAGAGAGGACAGACUGGCGUCUUUCCUGCAAAUUUCGUAAAGGAGUUGGAUGAGGAGCCCGUUGCACCACCUACACCCGUCCGCAGCACGCGUCAGCCCCUUACAAACGCACCUUUGGCAAGACCACCUGUAGUCAGACCAGCGUCUGUGCAAGCUGGCGGCUCGACAAGACCUUUUUCUGUCCAGUCAUCUGCUCCAAGACCGUCCACUGUGCAAGUUCUUUCUGAUGCAUCCAUGGCUGUCCCUCCCAAAUCUUUUGCUUCACCUGAAAGAGAAGCAAAAAAGGAAGUAAAAGAGGAAGUAAAAGAGGAGUCUGAUGUCAAAUCGCCUAUUUCUCCAAACCAACCUUCUUUUGCUGACGAACCAGCUUCUCAGCCACCUGCUCCUGAACAAGAAGCGGCUCCUAGCACCUCACCUUCUAUACCUAAGCGACAAGAUUCUGUCGCAAGCGCGUCUUCUAUUCAUUCAUCCAGUCCAGUUGCUCCAGUUGAUGUUCCUGAAGCCCAAAUCCCUCCCACUAUCCCUACACGCCCAGAAUCUAUAUCUGAUAAUAUAUCAUCUCCUCCCUCUAUUCCUAAGCGUCAGGAAUCUGUAUCAAGCACGCACGCCUCUACACCACAUGCAGAACCACCUUCUGAGGAAUCAGCUGCACCAGUGCCCAAGGAAAGCCCUGUAGCCGCUGAGGAAGUUAUUCCAGUAACAAAUGUUCAAACAGAAGAGAUUUUGGUACCUGAAAGUAGAGAAGUCGUGGAAGACCAGGUUGAAAAGGCCAAAGAAGAAGUUCAAAAGGAAGACAUUGCAGUUGAAACACCCAAAGUCGAAUCUGAACUGCCUACCUCUGAAGAAAACGUAACAGAAAGCAAAGAAGAGGAAACUGCUGCAGAGUCAAAAGCAGAAAAAGAAGAAGUUUCUGUUACGGAAGAAGGAAAGGAAACCGGCGAACAAAGCGAAGGAAAGAAAGGUAUUGAAAUACUUCCUAGUGGACCCAAGUUGACAACACCCACUCGUGCCCGUAUUGGUGUCCCUCGCCGAUCACCUCAAUUGAAGAAUACAGAACCAAGUCAAACGGAAAUUCUGCAGAAACAGAUUGCUGAGGUAGGUGAAAAUAUAAAAUAGACGCGCGUGCACAGUUAUCAAAACAAACACCUUUAUUUUAGACACCUGAAGAAGAAAAGCAGCCUGCUAAAGCGACUCCUUCU